AUGAAUGGUGACAAAUUGAAAUUGAAGCAAUUGGGAUUAGAAAUACUUAUGUUGAGAACUGAUCAAGAAAUGGUUUCCGUUUUCAAACAAGAUUUAAUGUUCUGCUGUAGAUAUGUACAUAGUGGAUUAAAUAUGAGAAGUUCCAUGAUAUCCGUGCAAGAUUUUAAUGUUGUUAAGGUUUUGGAGUUAUCUUGA